AUGGCUCCUUCCGCUGAGCUCAAGCAAGAGGAUAUGUUCCAGUCCAUUGGCAACCAGGUCAACGCCGUCGCCAGUAGCGGCGCAAGCGGCGAAGCUGCAGAAGGUGGCGAAAACUUUACUGUUGACGAGCCGCAGGUUGUGGACAACAUUGAGUCGCUAUGCAUGAACUGCCAUGAGCAAGGCAUUACUCGUCUUCUUCUUACACGGAUUCCCUUUUUCCGCGAGGUUGUCGUCAUGUCCUUUGAGUGUUCCCACUGCCACUUCCGCAACAACGAGAUCACCUCCGCAGGAGUCAUUCAGGAGCGCGGGUGUUCUUACACCUUCAAAGUUGAAAGCAAAGAGGACAUGAACAGGCAGAUCGUCAAGUCCGAAACAUGCACAUCGCGCUUCGUCGAACUCGACCUUGAGAUCCCCGCCCAGCGAGGGCAGCUCACGAAUGUCGAAGGUCUCUUGUCGCUUGUACUUGAGGACAUUGAGCAGGACCAGCCGAAGCGCAAAGAGAUCGACCCGGAGUCAUACGAGAAGAUUGCGCAGUUUGUUACCAAGGGUAGAGAUAUGGUUGAGGGACGGGCAUUCCCGUUCACGGUGAAGGUUGACGACCCGGCCGGUAACUCGUGGAUUGAGCCGAAGCCGGAUGACGCAAAGGGAAAAUGGGCCAGGCACGACUAUGUCAGGACACCGGAAAUGAACACGGCACUUGGUUUGACAGAUACGAGCAAGGAGGACACGGAGAAGUUUGAGGAGGACGAUGAGAUCAGGCCCGAUGAGGUGCACACGUUCCCCGCAAGCUGCCCUAGCUGUGUCAGGCCGUGCAGCACACAUAUGAAGCUUGUGGAUAUCCCUCAUUUCAAGGAGGUGGUUAUUAUGAGCACUGUCUGCCAUGCUUGUGGAUAUAAGAGUAACGAAGUUAAGACCGGAGGAGCCGUUCCCUCUAUGGGACGUAUCAUUACCUUGAAGGUCGAGGACGAAGAGGAUCUUGCUCGUGAUAUUCUCAAGUCUGAGACAUGCGCCCUCACUUGCCCUGAGCUCAACCUCGACCUCACCCCCGGAACCCUUGGAGGACGCUUCACCACCCUAGAAGGCCUCCUCCAGCAGGUUCACGACGAUCUACACCAGCGCAUCUGGGGCGACAUGGCCGAAGAGACCUCCGACUCGGUCGAAAAGGAAACCAGGGACAAGUGGGAGGUAUUCUUCCAGGGACUCCGUGACGCCAAGAGCGGAAAGAAGAAGUUCACCUGUAUCCUCGACGAUCCUCUCGCGGCCAGCUAUGUCCAGAACCUCUAUGCGCCUGACCCGGACCCGCAGUUGACUAUCGUCGAUAUGGCCAGGACCAAGGAUCAGGAGGAUGAUUUGGGUAUCUCGGACAUGAGGACCGAGAACUACAAUGAGGAUGGGUCUGAGAAGGUCCCGAAGGAGGCUGUGAAGGUUUAG